UGUUAACUAUAUGUAAGGGUAUUGUUUACUUGGUAGUAAUCUGCAAUACAUACAUUACUAUAUAGUUUAGACUUUGUUCUCUCAACAAAAAAAAAAAACACAUCAAUCAACUCAAAAGCACUAGCAAUGAGGAUGAGCUACUCCCACCAUAGAGACUUAGGAACGUUGGAUUGCAAAGUGUAUGUAGGAGAGUUGGGAUCAGGGGCAGCGAAACAUGAGUUAGAACGUUCAUUUAGUUUCUAUGGGCCAUUAAGGAAUGUGUGGGUAGCCAGAAAUCCACCAGGCUUUGCCUUUGUUGAGUUUGAGAACCCCCAUGAUGCCAGAGAUGCUUGCCGUGGCCUCGAUGGAAGAAUUGUUUGCAAUAGAAGAAUCCGUGUUGAAAUGUCUAGUGGUAAAGCAAGAAGAGGGCGUGGUGGUGGUCGAGGUCCACCUCCCAGACGACAUGGCCGGUACAGAAGCAGAUCUAGAUCGCCUCGACGUGGAUAUCAUAAUCGUGGACGUUUUAGAAGCCGAAGCCGUAGUAGGUCUCGUGGAAGAAAAUCUCGAUCUCGUUCACGAUCUAGGUCUGGCUCUCGUAAAUCAGGAUCACGAUCACCAGUAAGAGACACAAAAAAGAGCCGUUCUCUAUCCCGUUCUCGAUCACGUUCAAGAUCUCGAUCUCGUUCGCGCUCCCGAAGUCCAGAUCAGAAUGGUAGUAGCAAUGUAAAGGAAUCCAGCAAAUCACCCAGCAUGCACCAGGAGCAUGCGGACGAUAAGGAGUAGUUGGUCAUAAAGAAUGCCUUUUAUCCUUACUAGAAUAUCUUUUGCUUAAUUGAUAAAAAAAAAUAUUAAAAUGCUUACAAAAACAAAGCAUGGUAUCCCCAAUUCUGAACUGCAACUGGAAUCUUAACCAGUUGUUUUAAAGAAAGAACAGGAAAUCACUUGCAAAUUUAUAAUACAAUUAUUACAUUUAAAAUGAAAAUAAAAUAAAACUUUUUAUCUAUUGAUGCUUUAAUGAAAGGACAAAACAUAAGUAAUUUUUGUACAGUUAUGCCUUUUGAAGCAUUUUGAUAUUAUUGCUAAAUACUAAGCAUUUUGAUAGGCUAUACAGUAAUUAUUUUGUGGUGUUUGGUGGAAGAUAAUGGUUUAAUGUUAUGUUAAUGUAAGGCAAGACUUUUUUAUAAGCUUGGGAGUUAGUCUUCUUUACGCAAUAUUUUAACUGCAUGUUCUGUUUUAUCUUAAAAUACAGUCCUGCAGAAUAAGGUAGUUCAGUCUAGAUCCAGUUUCACUAAUGAAAAUAGUAUCCCGGUUUGGGUUAGAAUGUAUGGACUGUUGAAGUGCUUUGAUUGAAGCUAGUUCAAUCUGGGAUUGUGGGACUGCAACUUUUAUUCAGCAUUGUUUUGCCUUGAUAAUUUUGUAAGGAUAAUUCUAAUAAUAAAUGCUUUUUAUGUAUGCCCUUGUGAAACUUAUAUUGCUGAUGAAUUCUUUUAAUUUUCAUAACAGCUUUAAAUUGAAAAGGGAAAAAGCUUUUUUUAUGAAAAAUAUAUUGCAUUUUGCCCCUCAAUUCUAGAUAACUCCUUUAGUAUUUUUAACCUUUAAAGCCUAUGGAUAUUGUACAGCACUAAGACAGUAUCAGUGUUCAAUUUGAGACAUGUUUAUUUGUGAAUGUGAUAAAUAUUUCAAUGUAUAUGUUAUAUGUUUACCACCACAAUGUAAAAAUGAAUCAGCUUGCAUUAUUUUUUAAUUUGUUCAGUGUUUAUUGAGGUACAGUAUUUGUCAUUGUAUUAUAAAUGAAAGUGCAGUGAUAUUCUGAAGAGUGCUACCCUAGCAUUUCUAACCUUCUCUCGGAGGAUUGGUACUGAGCCAACAAGGACCUUAGCCUCUUUGAUUAUUGAACAAGGUCUUUCUGUAAAAAACUGAGGAAUGUAAUGAUUGGAUUUUUAAAAAGAGAAUACUGUACUGUAUUUGUGUAGAAUGUUAAAGAUAACACAGUAGAAAUAAAUAAAAAUUCACAGAA